GUGACUUUGUUUGGAAACCUUUGGUCUUUGACAGUAAAAAGUGAAAAAUCUGCACAAAAGCUGAACACAUAGCUUCCUGUCUAGUUGGAGGUUUUCUUAGUUUCAGUCUUUGGACAUUUUGGACGACGAAGGAAGAAACUGGCAGAAGAAUGAUUCAGUGCCCUCAGUUCAGCGUCUCUCCUGCCUUCUCCAUGCAGCAGGUGGUCAGUGUUUGGGUGCGAGACCCACGGAUACAGAAGAAUGACUUCUGGCAUGCCUACAUAGAUUAUGAGAUCUGCUUACAUACCAGCAGCGUCUGCUUCACCAAGAAGACUUCGGCUGUGAGGAGGAGGUACAGCGAGUUUGUGUGGCUCAGGCAGAAACUGAUGGCAAAUUCCCUGCUAAUGACAAACCUGCCAGAUCUGCCUCCUAAAAACCCUUUCUUCAGCCUGAACAACGCCCAUCAGAUCACAGAGCGGAUCAAAGGACUCCAGAAGUUUUUAGAACAAGUCGUGCAGAACCCUCUGCUGCUGUCCGACAGCUGCCUGCACCUCUUCCUGCAGUCUCGGCUCAGCGUGGCCAAGAUCGAGGCCUGUGCUGUGGGAAGGACCCACUACUCUGUGGCCCAGGCGGUCCAACGCAGCGGUUUGAGGAGAUUCCACUCUGAGGAGGACGUGCAGAAGGACCUCAACACAUCCUGUGACUCUGACUCAGAUAGCUCGGACUGUAGAGAUCCAGAGCAGAAGACCGAGGACUUGGCUAUAAUAAAAUCCAGGAGUGCCRUUGUACUUGAUCACAGAUCCACCUGCCAGGAGAAGACGUUCAGCUGCUCAUCUGAGUCAACAUAAAAACUUCAUGAGCGAACGGCAGGAAGAAAACUGGAGCGUAAUAAAUUAUUUUCUUUAUUUUGGGACCUGAGAUGGAAACACUAACUGAUUCCUCAGUGUAUAAUUUAGUGUAAUAAAGACCUAUAAUUUCCUGGAAUACACAUCACCUGAUGCCUUUAAUAAAUUUGUUUUUCACUAAAUGUAUCUGAUGGUGAGAAGGAACAGUUGUAGCUGUUUUGGUCAAACCUUGUAAAUAAAUUUGUAUAAUCUCAGGCAUUGUGCGAUUUCACAUAAUGUCACGUGUUGAGGAUGAUUCUCAGCUACUACCACAUCAAACCUUAGCUCUGUAUCUGCUAAACUCACUGGUUUAGCCAUUUUUGCGUUGGCUAAUUGAUUAGGUGUGGUGGCCAUUUUAAAUUGGACUAACUCCAAAAGUUAAUUUAAAAAAACUGCUAAAACUGUUGUGUGUUAAUGUGCCUGAAGGUGGCAGUGUUGUCACAGUGUCACUAUCAUUCUGUAACUGUAAAUGCUYCAUAAAAUAAACUGUACAGAAGCAACA